CCGAGGAUCAGGGGUUGUAGAUUUCAUUUUGAUUUCUACUUGCAGAACAGGGAAGAUAGCAUGCCUGAGCCAGCGAAAUCCGCUCCGGCCCCAAAGAAGGGCUCCAAAAAGGCCGUGACCAAGGCACAGAAGAAGGACGGCAAGAAGCGCAAGCGCAGCCGAAAAGAGAGCUACUCCGUAUACGUGUACAAGGUGCUGAAACAGGUCCACCCCGACACCGGCAUCUCCUCCAAAGCCAUGGGGAUCAUGAAUUCCUUUGUCAAUGACAUCUUCGAGCGCAUCGCCGGCGAGGCUUCCCGCCUGGCGCAUUACAACAAGCGCUCCACCAUCACCUCCAGGGAGAUCCAGACGGCCGUGCGCCUGCUGCUUCCCGGGGAGCUGGCCAAGCACGCGGUGUCGGAGGGCACCAAGGCCGUCACCAAGUACACGAGCUCCAAGUAAACUUAGCCCUGCAACUGCCUUAGUAAACCCAAAGGCUCUUUUAAGAGCCACUCACCUUUUCACAAUUGGAGCUAUAUACUGACACGUGAAGUUACUGGAAACUCUUGCAGCUGAAAUAGGCAUGUUUUUAAAACUUAAAAUGGUACUUGUUGGGCUGGUGGCUUUAUGAAACUAGUUUCCGUGUUUUAUGAGGUAUCAGUCGAUAGCACCUAAGAGACAACAGUAAUUUCAUAGUUUUGCUCUAUGAAAACGAAUUUCGUUUCUCUUUUUGAGUCCUUAAAAGUCUACGGGUUUUACAAAAGAAGCCCACAUU